GAUGUCACGAGUCGUGUGACGGAGGGUGUCACGAUGGUUCGCCGAAAGAUUGCGAGGCUUGCAAAGACGGAUGGGAAGAAUCGGAAGAGCAUGGAUGCACGGACAAAGACGAGUGUUCCUCGGGGGAUGUUUGUGAAUCAAAUAAAUACUGCGUAAAUACACCUGGCAGUUUUAAAUGCGAAGGUAAAUUCAACAGAAUAAAAUUUAUUCCGAAUAAGGAGUGCUUAAUAAUAACACACAAUUUAUAAAUUGUAUAUGUCGAAUCAAAUCUGAUUGGCAUCUUGCAAAACACAUUCAUUCAUCUUGUAAAACACUGCUGAAGAUGAAUCAGAUUUGAUUCAAAAUAUACAAUUUUUAUAAAUUGUGUGUUAUUAUUAUGCACUCCUAUUGGUUCUAAAACAUUGCUAUUGGUUAGUUGGCAAAAAUACAAUACGCACGUGACGAUGAAGGACCAGAUUUAUGAAUAAACGUUGACUAACAUAGAUAAUGAGUUAUAUUGUUAUUCUAAUGAGUUUCGCAGCCAUCUUCCCUUCGAUACGCUAUGUGUAGAAUAAGAUUAAAAUUAACAUUUGUGUAGCGCUUUUUUUUUCGUGGUUUGUCAGAAUUUUUUUCGGCAAUAUUUAUCCCGGGAAUGUGGGACUUUUUGACCUUCAAAAUUCCGCCUCAUCACCCGAUAAUAUGUGGGAAAAUUAAAACGAUGUAUAUUUUCUUACAGCCUGCGACAACUCGUGUGAGGAAAAUUGUACUGGACCAGGAAACACAGCCUGUUUAGCCUGUAAAACCGGUUAUGAAAUGAUUGAAAAUGAAGGGUGCAAAGGUAUCAGAGUAUGAAUUAGUUUGCCAAGUUAAUAAUUUAUAUAUUUGGGAAAUGAAUUUAAAUACACAUUCACACAAUUCUAUUAUAACUGUUGCUAAUUAGUUAUUGUCCUCACGUUUUCUACACACGCAAAAAUCUCACAUCUCUUCACAAGCUGUCGACAAGUUGUGUUCGCACUGCUUGUUCCCAGUUGUUGUAUCAAAUUUGAAACAAGCUGUUAACAGCUUGUAACAAGCUUGAUGGCAUUAUCAGACUUGUUACAAGGUUGUUCUAACAAGUCUGAUACAGUUAUGACAUAACAAGAAUGUUACCAGGUUGUAACAAUAUUGUUAUAUCAUGACUGUAUGGGACUUGUUGGAACAACCUUGUAACAAGUCUGAUAAUAUAAACAAAGUUGUUACAACUGUUCAUACAAGUUGUUCCAUACUUGUUGACAACUUGAGACAAGCAGUGCGAACGCAACUUGUUGACGACUUCUCAGAACAACCUUGCAACAAGUCUGAUAAUAUCAGCAAGGUUGUUACAAGUUGUUAACAGCUUGUUCCAAACUUGUUGACAACUUGUUGAUGGCUUGUUGGCAGACUUGCUGCUACAAAUGCAAAAAUCUCACAUCUUGUAGCAAGUCUGUAAACAAGUUUGUAACAACCUUGUUACAAGGGUUAUCAGACUUGUUGCAAGGUUGUUCCAACAAGUCCCAUACAGUCAUGAUAUAACAAUAUUGUUACAACCUUGUGUCGUCAACCUUGUAACAUUCUUGUUAUAUCAUGACUGGACUGCAUCAGACUUGUUAGAGCAACCUUGUAACAAGUCUGAUAAUGCGAACAAGCUUGUUACAAGUUGUUAACAGCUUCUUUCAAACUUGUAUACAACAACUAGGUACAAGCAGUGCGAACACAACUUGUCGACAGCUUGAGAACAGAUUUGUAACAACUUGUGCGUUUUUACGUGUGUACAAGAUGCGAGAUUUUUGCGUGUGUCUUUGAAGAGCUUUUCAAAAUAAUACGAAUGUAGUACGAUGUAAUCUGACAGAUGUCCAUUUCCUUUAGACAUUGACGAGUGUGCUGACGAGAGUACCACCUGUGAAGAUGGCAAAUAUUGUGAUAACAAUCCUGGAUCCUUCGCGUGUUUGGACUGCGAUAAAGCUUGUUCGCAUUGCUCGAGUGCUGGUACAGAGAAAUGUUCCGCUUGUAAUGCUGGUUUUCAGUUGACCGACAAAGGAUGCGAAGGUAUGGUCGCGGUAUCCCUGGUUUGGUGGUAUACCAGAGCUCUGACUACUGAGAUGUUCGAGUUACCUGAUUGCGACACUAACCGCGGCCAGAAUUCAGGGACAUGGUUUAUUCUACACGCGUAAAAACGCACAAGUUGUUAUGCACCUAUCAAUGUUAAUCGGGCAUAUGUGGGGUAUUUGAUCAUCAAUUGCAUCCCCACCCUGGGGAUUUUGAUUAGCAUUUUGGCCCUGAGUUGGGGCAAUUUGAACCGAAUGACUUUUAUUAACAUAGUAUUUAUUGCAAUUUAUUGCAAAAUGGUGGGGCAUUUGACCAAUAUUUAUUGCCCGACAAUGGGGCAUUUGAUUGAAAAUUUGCUCAAAAAAAUCAAAUGCCCCACCUAUGCCCGACCCCCCUCCCCCCCCCCCUCUGGGGCUUAACAUUGAUAGGUGCAUUACAGGUCUGCAAACCAGUUGUUACAAAUCUGUUCACAAGCUGUCGACAAGUUGUGUUCGCACUGCUUGUUCCCAGUUGUUGGAACAAGUUUGGAACAAGCUGUUAACAACUUGUAACAAGCUUGAUGGCAUUAUCACAAUUGUUAAAAGGUUGUUCUAACAAGUCUGAUACAGUCAUGAUAUACCAAGAAUGUCACAAGUUAGAUGACACAAGGUUGUAACAAUAUUGUUAUAUCAUGACUGUCAAUGCGAAUAUCCAAUCCAUAUUACAGAAUAGACUAUAGGACGAUCUAGGCUGACAGCUUCAUGUCCAUUUCCUUUAGACAUUGACGAGUGUGCUGAUGCGAGUACCACCUGUGAAGAUGGCAAAUAUUGUGAUAACAAUCCUGGAUCCCUCGCGUGUUUGGACUGCGAUAAAGCUUGUUCGCAAUGCUCGGGUGCUGGUCCUGAGAAAUGUUCCGCUUGUAAUGCUGGUUUUCAGUUGACCGAUAAAGGAUGCGAAGGUACGAAGAGUUAA